AUGGAUGAACAAGAUGUAACAACGAUGAAAGAAGAAACUGAAACUAAAAGUUUAACAAUGAAAUCAUAUCCAUUAAAACAAUUAUUACAAUGUUUAAAUCGUGCUGCAACUACUGCACAAGUUUCUUCAAUUACUGAAAAUAUUGUAUAUUUAUCUUAUUCGACAAUUAUGAAUAAAAGUUGUGUUAUUGCUGACGACGAUGAUGAUGAAGGAGCAGAAGAAGUCAAAUCAUUUCAGAAAAUUAAAUAUUUUAAGGAACAAGAAAUGGAAAAACAAACAUUACUAUAUGAACAAAAUCGAUUAGCAAAUCGUGGUGUUGCUGAAACUGUAUUAUUAUAUAUAAGUGCAAGCAAAGGUGAAAAUAAUGAAAUGCUUCGACGUACAUUACAACUUGGUAUAUCAUUACUACAUGGUGGUAAUCGAGAAGUUCAAAAACGAAUGUUAAAUUAUUUAAAAGAAACAAAAGAUGUUGGAUGUUUUACUUCAUUAGCAACAUUAAUGGCGAAUUGUAGUAUACUUGAUCUUGAUACAUUUGAACGUUGUAUUAAAGCUGAAGUACUUGGUGUUGGUUCGGAAGGCAUAGCUGGAGAAAAGAAUUUACAUGAUGCUGAUUUUAUAAUAUCCUUAUUUCGUUUUUGUCAACUUUUAUGUGACCCAUGUAAACACCAGACGCAGAAUAUACGCGUGUAA